CGCAAGGGGGCAGGGCGAGCCUGAGGGAGGGGUCGAACUGUGGGUUGCUGGAGGCUAGGGCGGCUGUGGAUCCUUGGGUGAGAGGGAGUGUGAGGAGCGAAAGGUGAGGCUAGCUGACGGAGGGGACGCGGUGUCCGGCUCCCCCAGUCUAUGGAGCGGGGUAAGAUGGCGGAGGCGGAGAGCCUGGAAUCGGCGGCGGAGCAUGAGCGGAUCCUGCGAGAGAUCGAGAGCACUGACACGGCCUGCAUCGGGCCCACGCUCAGGUCUGUCUAUGAUGGUGAGGAACAUGGACGAUUCAUGGAGAAGCUUGAAACUCGCAUCCGCAAUCAUGACCGAGAAAUAGAGAAAAUGUGCAACUUUCAUUACCAGGGCUUUGUGGACUCUAUUACUGAACUGCUAAAAGUGAGAGGAGAAGCCCAGAAACUCAAAAAUCAAGUGACAGAUACUAAUAGAAAACUACAACAAGAAGGAAAGGAACUGGUGAUAGCAAUGGAAGAGCUGAAGCAGUGUCGAUUACAACAAAGAAAUAUUUCUGCCACUGUUGAUAAAUUAAUGCUGUGUCUUCCAGUCCUAGAGAUGUACAGCAAAUUGAGGGACCAAAUGAAAACUAAAAGGCAUUAUCCUGCACUGAAAACUCUGGAACAUCUAGAACAUACCUAUCUGCCUCAAGUAAGCCACUAUCGAUUCUGCAAGGUGAUGGUGGACAACAUCCCCAAGCUUCGAGAAGAAAUAAAGGAUGUUUCUAUGUCUGAUCUCAAAGAUUUUCUGGAGAGCAUCCGCAAACAUUCAGACAAAAUUGGAGAAACUGCCAUGAAGCAAGCUCAGCAGCAAAGAAACUUGGAUAACAUUGUCUUGCAACAGCCCAGAAUAGGUAGCAAGAGAAAAUCUAAGAAAGAUGUGUAUACGAUCUUUGAUACAGAGAUGGAAAACACUAGCCCUAAGUCUGAACAGGAUUCAGGAAUUCUGGAUGUCGAAGAUGAGGAAGAUGAUGAGGAGGUACCUGGAGCCCAAGAUUUGGUGGAUUUCUCUCCUGUUUAUCGAUGUCUACACAUAUAUUCUGUCCUGGGUGCCCGGGAAACAUUUGAGAACUACUACAGAAAACAGAGGCGAAAACAGGCCCGAUUGGUGCUCCAGCCUCCAUCAAACAUGCAUGAAACUUUAGAUGGCUACAGGAAGUAUUUUAAUCAAAUUGUAGGCUUUUUUGUGGUUGAAGAUCACAUUUUACAUACAACCCAGGGCUUAGUAAAUAGAGCCUACAUCGAUGAACUAUGGGAAAUGGCACUUUCAAAAACCAUUGCAGCACUGCGUACCCACUCGUCUUACUGCUCUGAUCCAAACCUUGUGUUAGAUUUGAAGAACCUCAUUGUGCUUUUUGCUGAUACACUCCAGGUAUAUGGUUUUCCUGUAAAUCAACUUUUUGACAUGCUCUUAGAAAUCAGAGACCAGUAUAGUGAAACUCUGCUGAAGAAGUGGGCAGGCAUUUUCAGAAAUAUACUUGAUUCUGACAACUAUAGUCCCAUCCCAGUAACAAGUGAAGACAUGUAUAAAAAGGUAGUAGGACAAUUCCCAUUCCAAGAUACAGAGCUGGAAAAGCAACCAUUCCCAAAAAAGUUUCCUUUCUCUGAAUUUGUGCCAAAAGUUUAUAAUCAAAUUAAAGAAUUUAUCUACGCCUGUCUGAAGUUUUCGGAAGAUCUACAUCUAAGCUCCACUGAAGUUGAUGACAUGAUUCGUAAAUCCACAAACCUUUUGCUUACUAGGACUCUGAGCAACUCUCUACAGAAUGUUAUUAAAAGGAAGAAUAUUGGGCUUACUGAGCUUGUUCAGAUUAUUAUCAAUACAACACAUUUGGAGAAAUCCUGUAAGUAUUUGGAAGAAUUCAUCACCAAUAUCACUAAUGUGCUUCCAGAAACAGUCCAUACCACUAAGCUCUAUGGCACUACAACUUUUAAGGAUGCUAGGCAUGCAGCUGAAGAAGAGAUUUAUACGAACUUAAACCAAAAGAUUGACCAGUUUCUUCAGCUGGCAGACUAUGACUGGAUGACGGGAGAUUUGGACAACAAAGCUAGUGAUUACCUAAUAGACCUCAUUGCCUUUCUGCGUAGCACCUUUGCUGUAUUCACACACCUUCCUGGAAAGGUGGCUCAGACAGCAUGUAUGUCAGCUUGCAAGCAUUUAGCCACAUCUUUGAUGCAACUUUUGCUGGAGGCUGAAGUAAGGCAGCUCACCUUAGGAGCUUUACAACAGUUCAACCUGGAUGUCAGAGAAUGUGAACAGUUUGCCAGAUCCGGCCCGGUGCCUGGGUUCCAGGAGGACACGCUGCAGUUGGCCUUCAUCGACUUGAGACAACUUUUGGAUCUCUUCAUCCAGUGGGACUGGUCAACCUACCUUGCUGAUUAUGGCCAGCCCAACUGCAAGUACCUACGGGUAAACCCAGUAACAGCUCUGACCCUGCUUGAGAAGAUAUCUAGAGAGAUGAAGGAUGCUAGCCGCAAGAACAACAUGUUUGCACAGUUUCGGAAGAAUGAGCGAGACAAGCAGAAAUUGAUUGACACUGUGGCCAAGCAGCUCCGAGGACUCAUCAGCAGCCACCACUUAUGAAGGCUGCCCUCAGCCUACAGAGGCUACUUCCUGCAGCUCCACAGUCUAGGAUCCAGCUCAAGCUGGCACUGCAUUUGUGCAUUCUUCUUCAAAGAGAACAUAUGUAUUUUUUUAUUAACCCUGUACAGUAUUCACAUAAUCUUUCCCUAGUAAAAGAGUCACAAGGAUAAGCAAGUACAUAAGAUGUUGCUAGGUGGGGACUUGGGAGGUUAUUGCCACACUGUCUGUAUUAUCCUACAAAGGGUGAUAUCAUCAUUCCUAAUAUGAUGAACCACCUCUCAUCCAUGGCUCUACAGUUUAGUUCUGGAGGCCAGGAACUACCCAGACAAAGUGGGUGAUUUUUCUGGGAGGUGAGGUAAGUAAGCAAAAUUAUAAUAAAGUAUAUCCUGUUCACUCCUGAGUGCCCAUUUACCACAUAGAUGAGGCUGAUCCUUCCUGAUGCAAGGAAGGGGCCUAUCAAAGAUUACUAUUUAAUACACUAACGACAGUUCUAGAUGUCCAUCUCUCAGUCUGACUGAAAGGUGAACAAGCAUGGUUUGUGGCAAGGUGACAGCUACACUUCAGUCACCCAAGGAUGCAGUUUCUUUAGUCCUAAUCUGACUCAAGGGUUUUACUGUUUAUUUUUCUAUGGCAGGAUAAGCAGCAGUACCAUUGGACCCCAGGAUUCACUGCAGGUUGCUCUCACAUUGAGAGUGCUGAUUCUUAGCCUAGGGUGUUUUUCUGGAUCUGAAAAGAAAAAAGCUCGAAUUAGAGCCUCAGUCUUUUUCCUGUUUACCUUAUUACCUUCUCAUAUGGUUGGAGCACUUGGUUCAAAAUUUGGGCUGACAGUUAUUUCUGUAGGUCCUCACAGAAAAAGUCCCAACUUGGUUCUUCCAGCAGUGCCAUUGAGAUUGACCAGAUCUCAGAAGCCUGAAAAUAGUCCUUACUUUAUUUACUCUUAUGUAAAAUCCAAGGAUUACUUGGAAUGUUCAUUUGUGCUUAAAAAUAGCUUUCUGGCCACCAUAUUAAAAUGAAAUGUCACCAGCUCUGCACUAUGGAGGCAGCCAUGGCUGGACUAGGCAUGAAGCCACUGCCACCAUGAAGUAGACAGGGCCAACUAUGGUUAGUGGCAUGUUUCCUCUGGCCCAGCUGCCGUUUUCAUUAAGUUAUAUACUGGAUACAAAGCUAUUCUUGCUCAAGCCCAAGGCUUCCAUCCUUUUCUGAGAUCCAUUCCCAAAGCCAUCCUUUGGGCUCAUCUGAAAAUAAUUGUUCAUAAUAUUAUCUCCAAAACUUUGAAGCCUAAACCAGCUUAGCUUGGAGGCUGUAUCUGUUGUCCCCAAAGGACUCCAGAGCCUUAAGGUAGGGGCUUUGCUAUAAGAUCAGUUAGAGGAACCUAUCAGACACUUCAGAAAGAUGCUACUACAACUACUGGUAAGGGUAUACUUGUACAUCACCAAACAAUGACAAAUAAGCCACGUGGGCAUUUCCAGCUUAGAUUAGUGGAAGGAGAGAUUCAUCAAACAGAUUUUUCAUUACUUUUGUCAGCUAUCGAGUUGCUUCUGAGUAGGCCAGUGCUUCCUUUUUCAUACCUCACCCUCUACCAUUAUCAUAUAUUUUGAAAACCAUGGAAAAGAAAGUAUGCAUACUGAUGUGCAGCCCUCUUCAACUGCCAGGCUGCAUCAAAGUUCUGCAAAAGCCUGUGACACUUAUCCUACAGACUAGGCAGUUGGCCCAGGGUUUUAGGGUUAGGGUUGCAAAAAUCUUGAUAAGCUAAAGGAAGGCAGGGGCCUGUGGGAAUGAGACUCAAGAGAUUCCAACCCCUGAACUUUGUUGGAAAAGGUGAGAAAUGGUUACACUAAUCUUAAGUCCUAUUAAUUGAGAAGGACCCCAAAUACUCUCCUUACUAGUUUGAAUGGAGUGGAGUGAAUUUCAAGCAUGGAACAACAUUUGUCUUCCUAGAAAGUCAUCAUUGCUGGUCUACUCACAAACCUCUGUACCGAAAGAACUGUACUAUAAAAGAAAAGGUGAACAACAUGGAGAAAUAGGGGCUACUCUACACCUUUGACAUGACGUGCUGCUAAAAGAAAAGCUUACUCAAGCACAAGACUCAUAAGGAUGGACCCUUUGAUGUAUCUCCUCUUCCUUCUCCAUCUGCCUUUACUCCUCCCUAACAAAACAAACCAACAUGCUGCUUCUGAGGUGUAUUUAGAGACAUACUCUUAGCAGGCCAGGAAAGGUGAGAACAGGGACCAGCAAUGUCAAGGGGUUUUGAAUUGAUGAAGUGGGAGUUUCUUAGUUUUGUCUGCUGGCCUAUAGCUGAGCCAGCACUUGAAAGGACUUAUGCAAAGCAUAUGUGCUCAUGCCCCUCACACUCCUCAGAUCUAGCCUCAUAUGCCUGCAUAUAUACCAGUGCCCUUGGCGGGGGACCGCUUUAGUAAGACAGCAAAAACACGAUUGGUUGGAAGCCUCCUAUCUUCUGGUCACUAUGAGCCUUUGUCCACAUUCCUGGAAAACCCAAGUCUAUGUUCCUGAAGAGAGUCUGGUUUGGGAUCCUAGUGGGGUUCAGUAGUAAUACAGACAGCUUGCUUAGUUUUAACACAUAGGAAAGUCUCUGAGCAGACUGGGUGACACUAUUGCAAGUGGGGAAGAACAGGCAAGGACCUGGAAUUAGAAUCAGUAAAGUCACUGUUGUCAUAGGGAAUGUACAGCCCCUCAGGAGUAUUCCUGGUGAUUUCAUUGCAUACCAGGUCAAGCAGUCUUUCUAUCCUCAAAGUUAUCUAUCUUUGCUGCAUACUUGACAACUACUUGCUUAUCAAGUCCCAGACCCAGGGAAGGAUUGGCAUUGGCCAUGACCUUCCUCCUCAGGUCUCUGAACACAUCGUCUAGGGACUGCUUCAGAAAUCCCCCUACCUGAGUCUCUUCUAUAAGGGCUCUUCUGACUGCUUCAAUUGCCUCUUUCUUUUUUGUCUCUCUUUUCUUUUUUAUUCUUUUUGUUUCUCCAUUCUUUUUUAUUCCCUUCCUUCUUUCUUGUCCUCUUUCCUUCUUCUUUCCUUUCUCUUUCUUUGUUUGCUUCCAUUUACAAUGACUUUUCACUAAUGUGUUGGAUAUGGCAUUUUUAUUUUGCACAAGUAGAUAUACAUUUAUGGGGAAAUUUUAAUGAAGUCCAUUUUUAAUUCUAAGGGGAACUUUUUUCUCUGAAACUCACUCAUAAAGCUACUGAUAAAAUGGGCCAUAUGGUUAGGGGAAAGUGCCUCUGUGGAAAGAGCAUGUUUAUUCCUCUUGUACAUUUUCCUCUUUUAAUUGCUAUUAAACGAGAGAGCCUACAUACCUGUUUCAAAAGUCACAGCGCCGUCUCAUGGGUUUUUUGUUCUUCCAUCACUUUUGCACAGUGUAGGUGUGGCUGGUGAUAGACACCAAUGGCAAACACUGUUCCCACUCAGCUGGACUGAGGAGUAGAUAGAGUAGGCAGGAGCCUGGUAUAGUAAAGUAAGCCUGUCUGCCACGCAAGGCAAGGAGCUGUGUUGUGGCCUUGGAAAUCUCCCUAACCACUGGGUUAGGUUUCUCAUCUAUUCAGCUACAACUGAGAUCAUCAUCAAGAGGAGUAACUUGAAAUGUCUUAUUUAUAAAGAAUCCUAACCUAGGCAGUGUGAGGGUCGAAUGAGUUUGGAACACCAGCCUUGCUUGGAAAGGCUUCUUCCAGCCUGGAGAAGGACAGAUGAGCCUGUUUGAGAGCUCCAGGGGAGAGAGCAACAGGCAUUUUGACUAGUGUAAAAAAGGAUCUGAUUGCCAGGGAUGUGGCUCAGUGGUACCGCACCUACCUGGCAAGCACAAGGUCCUGAGUUCGAUUCCCAGUACCAAAAAAAAAAAAGAUCUAUUAGAGAAGACAGCACAAAGAAAGCAGAAUGUCAGUUAGCUGACCCUUGAAUUAAUUCAAACUCAAGUAAGCUAUGGGAAUAUUUAAGGUCCAGACCACAUUAGAGUGCACAAUUGGUGGAAAGAUAAUGAAGAAUCUGCUAGGUGCACUUGGAACCAUGGUAAGACCAGAAUGUCAGUGUAGCAGCUCACAACCUGCUUGCCUCUUAGGCUGGAAUGGAAGCCAUGGAAUGAGGCUGGGAAGAAUGUCUUCAGUCAUGUCUUGCUGCAAUGGACUUUAACAUCUGAGAGGCCUGGAUUUCUAACCUUGCAGCACCACUAACUAGCUGGAUGACCUUGAACAAAUUAGCUAACUCCCUAAAUCUUAUAAUAUCAGUGAAAUCAGAAUGAUGCUCCCUAGUUUGCAGUGAUGUUGUGAUGUGUGAGCCAUGGAAAGCUAAAAUGCUUAUCCAGUCCUGAGCCAUAGCAUAUGUACAAUCUAAAGCCUUUUCCCUUCCCUCCAAUUCCAUAACAUGCCUCAUGGCCGAGCAUUGAAGAAGUGUGUCCAGAGCUGGACACACUGCCUCCUGGUCUCUUCUCCUGACCCCAAUACAGGGUUGGUGGUAAUGAUGCCCUUCAUGCACCUGUACAGGGAGCAAGAACAACCUUUCAGAUCAGACCUCCAGAUGCCUGGCUUAAUGUAAAGUCCGUCCUUCAAGUGGAAUCUGCCCUUCAUCACCACUAGAAUCUUCUCUGCUUUCACUUCAGUGCCAAAACAUAUACUUCAUUCUAGAACUUAGAAGUUCUUCACCAGGGAUUCCCCCAAACCUUCAAGUGUGUGUGGGGGGUUGGGGGUGUGUGGGCUUUCACCUACCUAUGUUUUAUGGAAAGAUUCAUGGCUUUCGUUAAUGUCUAAGAAAGAUUCGUGACUAAAAUACCGUGAAUAAUAACCAAAUCCCUUUGGAAAUGUUUCUCUACCCAUGAGAGAAAGCCAGAAGUUCUGAGCACAACCUCUCCCUGCUUCCUACAGCUCUGGUAACAAAAAACCCAACUCAGAAAAGGACAUUUACUGACUAAACAACCAAAGAAGUAUUAUGUACCUGCCUAUCAGACUGACAAAAUUUUUAAAGUCUGAUGUUAACAAUCAUUGGUGAGGAUGUGAAGAAACAAGACCUCAUGGUGAUGAGAAGAUAAAGAAAUACAACUACUUUAGAAAGCCAUUUGGUGAUGCAGAUCCAAAUGCCUUAUCUGUAAUUCAGAAACCCAGAAAGCUCUGAAAUCUGAAAGUUCUUUCUUAACUUAUUUGGUGGCAAAACUUGACCUGAUGUAAAAAUACAUGUCUUCAUUUAUCCCACUUAAUGUGGAUAUUUAUACUUCUCACCCCAGAAAAAAUAAUAUAUUUGAUUAUGGGCUACUUCUCAAAGCCUGCUGAGAUUAUUCUAUAUGGCACAUACGCAUAUUACCUUUCCAAAAUCCAAAAAAUUCUUAACACAUCUGACCCCAAGGACUUUGAACAACAUAUUGUAGACCUGAGUCUAGUAAAGUCAUACAUCUGGACAUCCUAAGACUCAACCAUUCUGCUCCUAAGGCUAUUCUUUAGAGAAAUCUAUCCAUAUGUGCACAAGGAGACAUAUCUAAGCAUGUUAAUUAUAGCAUUAUUUGUAAUGAUAAAAAUUAGAAAUAACCUAAAUGUUCAUCAAUGGGAGAAUAAAUUGUGAUAUAUUAACCCAGUAGAAUGCUAAAUAGUUAAGGUAUUGAUACAUGGGUGAGCAUUUUUAAGUCUAAAGAGUUGUUGAAUAAAAAAGAUGUUGAAGAAUGAUAGAUAACAGUACAAUACAAUUUAAGGUUUGAAAACAUAUAUGAGGGUGAUAAACACCAAAGUCAAUAUUAUAACUAUUGUAUCUUUGCAAAAGGAGGAAAAGAAUAAAGUCCCUGGGGAUAUAAAGUAGGUUUAUAUUUUAUCUAUAAAUUCUAAUUUAUUGUUUAAAAUAUGAAUGUGGUAAAAUGCUAAAACAAAUACAGAUUUGUGUUCUUCAUAAUGUUCAGUCUUUUUAUGACUGCAUAGUAUUCUGCAAUGGACUAUCUCUAGCCAUUUUCUCAUUUAACUUGCUUUCACUUGCUAAUAUUAGAAAUACUGCUGGAGCAAAUAUCUUUGAUAUCUUUUUGCUUAUGUACAAGUAUUUCUGUAGGCAAAUAUUUCUGUACAUUUUCACUUUGACAGUUAGUGCCAAAAAAGGCUUUAACAGUUUAUCCCCUUAACUGACAACAGAGGAGAGUGUCCAUUACCCCACACCCUCCAAAAAACUGUCAAAUUGGAGUGGGAAGAAAUGUCACAUUAAUUUUCAAUUGCUGAUGUCUGUUAGACUGAAUCAUCUUUUCAUAUGUCAUUAGCCAUUACAGUUAUUAAACUGCCUGUUAAUAUCAUCAGAUGUGCAUUCUGCUAAAGAUAAUUAAAAAUGGACUAUUAGUACUAUAAA